GGUGUGGCGUAUCGAAGGUCACCAAAUGUGACAGAUCGUGAAGGUGGAUACGCAGGCCCUUCAUACGACGACAUUGUGCCUGUCGAGAUGAUACAAGGUCAGUGGGCUCGAUGCGCGAAAGGAUGGCUUCCUAUGCGUCUGGAUGGCUGCAAUGUCUUCGAGCUGCUGGAUGGCAUCCUACGGGCACGCUGCAUCUCCUCCCAGGGUGUGGCUUUCAGGAAAAGCCCGACUUUGGAGGAUCGUGAGCUGAUGGUUAUGGGGCCCGUCUUCCAAGAAGUCGUGGACGUCGUGGAACGAGUGGGCACUUGGAUACGUUGCCAGAAUGGCUGGCUUCCGCUGACGAUAGGCGGGCAGCCAGUCUUCGAGCUUUUCGCGGACUUCACCGAAAAGGAGAGGAGGCAAACUGUCCAGGUCCAGGCCUCGGACUCCGAAGGCUCUCCACCGCCCUGGUUAGGAGGAUUCUUGGACACCUGGACAUGGUUCUUGGUUCGGACGUCCUGCCGGUGGGGCUUUAGCUUCGCGACCAGCUCUCCGCGACUGACGCUGAGCUUGGCAGCGAUGUCUGGUAUUUCGCUUUGGGUGACGGAUGAUGCUCCGCGGCUGGUGGUGGUCUCUGCCGUCUUUGCGACUCUGACCAGUGGGAUUGGCAGCCUGGUCGUGGGUGCCAUCAAAGGAGACUCUGGUGAGGAGCUUGCCAAGUCGGCUUUGUCCACCGUUUUGGAUCUGGGGGUUGCCGCGAUAGCGGCCAAAGCCCCUUUUGUGGGGCCGUUCGUCGACAUCGGCAUCACCAUUUUCAAGGAUCUCGUACUGGGCUCGCAGCCACCGCCCCCUUUCAUGACUGAGAACGACGUCAAAGCGAUGCUGGAGGAGUUCCAGGUUACGGUGCAGGAGGACACGAAAAGGCUAAUUGCUAACAACGCCUUCAAAGAGCAAGUUAAAACGAUGAAGAACCUGAUGUACAAGUACGACACCCACCUCCGCAGCAGCAAAGAUCCAUGGAUGGUUGCGUUGGGUUCCCAAGACACUCUUACUCAGGAUCCGGGUUGGAUCAUUGGCAAGAUGAAUUUUCUGCUGGAGUCAGAGUAUUUGGACGCCUUCGGGCAUUGCGAUCGCUAUCAGAGGCAGCUGUGGGACACAACCUCCAAGCAGGACAACGAUUACAAAAGUGAUUGCGAGAAGUGGUUGCAGCAAGUCCAGCUCCUGGAUUGCGAUGCACUUCCGACACACGAUCAAAAUGAUUGCAAAUCAGUGCAGUCACUGAUCCGUGGGACCGCCCUGAAGCGCGCGAAGGAGACGACUCGCUGGAUGGUGGACAACGCCCUGGGGCAUCGCUUGGGUCAAAUCCACUCCGUCGAGACCCGACGCGACGACAAGGACAUGGUUUGUGUGGACAGCCAUAUGGAGUACACGCGCCGCAGGCAGCAACACAUGAGAGAGAAGGUGGACGGUUUCAGGAGGCUUAAGGCCGCGUGGCAAAAAGGUGCCUACCAAGAUUGGGGGCAGCACAAGUCGAAAGCUGACAAAGUCGUCAUCAAGCGCUUCAAUGUCAAAGACAGCAACAAGGUCACAAAUCUUGACGAGAAGACCGUCUGGGGCGUCUGCACAAUUGAUGGCAACUACGAUGGCUGUGACGCAAGGAAUUUGUGCUGCAACAACUAUGCAGUGAGGAGCUUCUUCAAUGUCGCCAUUGAUAACGUCAAACAGCCGCUGAGGAACCAGUUUCAAGCGGCCCGGCACAAGGCCUUGGUGCUACUGGGUGAGUCGGUUGCAUGCCCAGCUGGCUACUUGCAGCAGGGCUACCUUGGCGCAGACAUUGACGGGUGCGGGCUCGAAAGUUGUGAUGGGAGGGCGAAAGUGGACACGAUCAAAGAGUGCAAAGAUCGCUGCGACACCCACAAUGACUGCGUCAGCUUCAACUACGCCCCGCCCAAUGCGAAGGAUCACGCCAAGGUGUGCACGCUCUACGAUAAAACCCAACCGACGCACAUCUAUAAGGAUGAAUUGGUCUUCUGCGCCAGGAAGCACUAUAAACUCGCGAAAAGCGGCGCAUACUGCCAAAAGCGGUGGUGGCUGGGCAAUCCAGCUCAUGGAAUCCCCAAUCUGGAUGCCUGCGCAGUGGCGGCGGCUAAGAAUCAACACUGCCACGGGAAGUACUUUCACUUUCAUGACUAUGGCAGUGGGGGCGGCGGCAAUUGCUAUUGCACGCUCGAUCUCUGUCCGGAGGCAGGGACGUCAGGAUUCCAUGGCCAAGGGCAUUGCAAUGAGGGGCUGGUUUAUAUGUCGACGGCUUGGGAGCUUGCCAGCAGCUCUGUCGGCGAGAAAGGCUUCGACACCGACAAGUUUGCCUCGUGGAAGGAGAGAGCCUGGACGCUGUGCCGAGAGAAAAAUUCGGCGACCAAGUUCAUCAGCGUUUGGAAGGAUGCGGGCUACCGAUGCUACACCUCAUCCACGUGCACUCCAUCUGGCCACACCAAUGUACAGACCUGGCAGCUUGUGUAG